AUGGUGAAUAAUAGGAUGACCGACAAAAAAGAGUAUUUAGCUGAUUAUUCGUUUGAAUAUUCUGUUGAUGAUGACAAACGGUUAACUGGUUUGUUCUGGGCUGAUGGGUUAUGCAAGCUGAACUUUAUGGAGUUUGGGGAUGUGAUAUCGUUCGAUGCAACUUUAAAGCCAAACAGGUACAAGAUGGUGUUUGUUCCGUUCACUGGCAUUGACAACCACUGUCGAAAUGUAACCCUUGGAGCUGGGUUGUUGUCAUCGGAGAGCAUUGAAUCCUAUAAAUGGCUUCUGAAUUCAUUCGUAAAGUCAUUUGGGCGGCAGCCAAAGGUUGUAGUGACGGACCAAGAGCCUGCUAUGAAACAGGCUAUUGAGGAGGUUUUUUCUACCAGUAGACACCGAUUGUGCAUGUGGCAUAUAAUGAAAAAAGUGGCAGAUAAGGUUGGACACGAGUUGUGCAAUAACGAUGAGUUUAAAAGGAGGAUGUGCGACAUUGUAUGGACUGAUUCCAUUGAGCCUGAAGAAUUCGAGAGGCAAUGGAAGUUGGUGAUGAUUGAGUUCGAUCUCACUGAAAACAAAUGGAUUGAUGAUAUGUUUUCGAUGAGAAACAUGUGGAUUCCGGCUUUUUACCAGCAUGAGCCCAUGUCUUGUCUCAUGCGAACAACUUCGAGAUCAGAGAGCGAGAAUCAAUUUUUUUGCCAGGUUUCAAAUUCAAAACUCACACUUGUAGAGUUUAUGAAUCGUUUUGACGGUGCAAUGGAUGUCCAAAGGUUCAAUCAUAGAAAGAAUGAUCAUAUUUCAAGAUAUACAGAGCCUGCUGAUUGGAGUGAAACUACUUUGGAAAAAGAUGCUGCUAAGAUAUACACCAGGUCUAUAUUCUUUGAUCAGCAAUUAGAGAUUUAUGGAACAAUUUCCGAAUGUCUGCCGAUGGACACCAAAGUCGAGGGUCUACAGAUCAGGAUAUUAUUGAAAGACUUUAAAUCCCAUGGAGAUGGUUUAUUGGAGAGAUGGACGAAGGAUGUGGUGCCGAAUGAAUUAAAUUUGAAGUACAAUUUAAGGGUGGGUGACAAGGAUUUGCAACACAAGGCUAAACGGAUUGCUCGUGAAAUCAUUCACACAGGGGAGUAUUUGCUUAAAGAGAGAGUUGAUCAGAGUCGUAUAACUAAGCAACUUGAUCAAAAAUAUGACCGAUUUUCCAAGUUGAUUGGUUAUCAACAACCAGUAACUAAUGCUCCUCCUACUGUCCGUGUGCCGGCUGGUCAUGAUAUUCGGACUUGUGAGAUACUGAAAGGCAAACAACAAGGCAAACAGCAAACGAAGAAGAUGAAAGGUGUCCAGAUUGAAAAAGAUCCCAGAGACAACGACAACGAGGUCGAAGACGACGAAGAGGAAGAUGAGUUUGAAGAUUACAGUAGUGAUGAUGGAUCGGAGGAAGAAGAUCAGUGGGAGGAGGUUUCAGAAGAUGAUGAGGAAGAUUAA